AUGCGGUUCCUCAAAGCAGUGGCUCUUGCCGCCAUCUACUGCCGACAAGUCACUUGUAUACCCGCAAGCACCGAGGACCUGGAUGCGGAAUGCGGCGCCCUAGGGGUCAUGAAGCUCGACAAAGACGCGCUCCCCCCAGGCGUGAACCCCGACAACGUCCGCAAGUGCCUCGGCCAUCCGGAGAGCCUGGUCCGCGAAAAGGACGAGCAAGGACCAGUCCACCGAGACGUGUUUCGACGUACUUGCUGGAAAGGUAGACAGUAUGGAUGUAGUUACAACGGCUACUGCUGGAGACUCUGCGGCGGCUUCAUCGGCGAGUGGUGCUGGGCAGCGGAGGAACGCGGAUAUGGCCCGUGGAUUCGUUGCUCGGAGGACAACGACUGCGGCGAGGGCCUGCCCUGUGGUCAAGGCGAUUGCCUUGCCUGCGGAUGUCGGUGCACCUAG